AUGUCGUUGGCGCGUUCUGCCAGCGGGCCUGCCGGUCUGAGUAUCAACACAGGUGCUGCCAAUUCACUAAGCGCGACGCAACCUGCACCUUCGGGUGGUCUGUUCGGUGCACCUGCAUCAGCCACAACAUCGACCGCACCGACGACCAACAACCCAACAGCUGGCGGGAUGAGUCUCUUUGGCGCAAAGCCCGCGACGGGCCAGACGGGGAGCAGUCUUUUCGGCGGAGGUGCUGCGACCAAUACCAAUGCCCAGAGCAGUAGCGGAGCUGGAGGGUUGUUUGGGGGAGGAUCAGCAACUACGCAAAGCAACACAGGCGGUGGUGGUGGACUCUUUGGAGGAGGCAGCGCGACGAACACACAGAGCAGCACAGGCGGCGGAGGUCUCUUCGGCGGCGGUGCGUCGACAGCCAAUACAGCCAAUGCGGCGCAGAGCACUGGCGGAGGGCUCUUUGGCAGCAAACCCGCGCAAAGCAAUCCCACAACCGCGACGCAGGGCUCCUCGCUAUUCGGGGGAGGCCAGAACACAGCACAGCAGAGCUCCACGAGUGGAGGCCUCUUUGGUGGUGCGAGCAAUCAGGGCAACACUACUGGGCAAAGCACGACCAGCGCCUUUGGCCAGACACAGGCGAAGCCAUCGCUUUUUGGCGCGUCUCAAACACAACCACAAUCACAGCAGCAGCAGCAACCGCAACAGCAGCAACAACAAAGCGCCACCCAGAUCAACUACGCGGACAUACGUCCUCGUACCCGCUUCGACGACCUGCGCCAGCCCAUCCAAGAUGAAAUCACACUCAUCGAAAAGGGGAUCACCCGCGUUAUCAAAAUGAAGGACCAGAUCUCCCAAUUUAUGCCCCAGCACGGUGUGGAUGUGGAGCAACUCGCGCGCGACGUUGCGUUUGUCGAGCAAAAAUACCGAACCGUCCAAAACGCACUACAAGGCGACGUGGUCAACGUGAAGGGGCUACAAGACAGGAGUAAAAGGAACAUUAGCGACGGACAGCUGAACUUCCGUGCUGUGGACAACCUCAAGCUGCCGAUGCACUACCACCAAACAGGCCUUUUCAAAGCCGAUGGAUCGAAAGAGCCCUCGGGCGAUGCGCAGGAUCUGAUAUCAUACUUCAACCGCAUUGCCGACGACGUGGAGCGACAGCACCGCAAGUUGGAGGAGUAUCGCGUGGCCAUUGAGCGCGACAUGCCAGGCGUGGAAAACGGAUUGUACGAGCAGGUCCGCGCGAUACGCGACAGGCACGAGGAGGAGGGGAGUGGCGUUGCCGAGCAGCUUGGGCAAGUUCUGAGCGCGCUACGCGAGAUGGGCACGGCAAUUAUCAAUGAGGCGGGCAAGAUUGCAGACACAAGGGAGAGGCUCUCGAGACUGCAGGCGGGCACAUACCUCUGA